AUGGCGAUCUCAUCACAAUCUUUCUCACCUUCCUUCAUCUUAACUCGCCACGAUUCAACUCGCCCAACUCGUCUUCCCUCUCGACUCACCUUCACUCACUUCCGCAAAACCCAAUCCCCUCAAUUCACCGCUUCUUCGCGUCUCAACUCGUCUAAAUCCUCCGAUGCCGGCGGUUCCAUCUCGCCGGAUAACGGCGACGUCACCUACGAGCUUCACCAUGAUCUCUCGCCGCAGCGGCGGAGACGCGGAUCGCCGGUUUUCGUGACGCUUCCGGUGAAAUCGGUGGGGAGAGAGGGGAAGAUAUGGAGGCCGAAAGCGAUGAUGCUGUCGUUGAAGGCGUUGGCGGCGGCGGGUGUGGAGGGGGUUGUGGUGGAGAUUUGGUGGGGGGUGGUUGAGAGGAAUGAGCCUAGGGUUUAUGAUUGGAGAGGGUAUCGGGAGCUUGUUAUGAUGGCUUGCAUGUGUGGUCUCAAAGUUCGUGCUGUUCUUGCGUUUCAUCAAUAUGGUUCAGAUGGUGAUGAUCUUAAUGGGAUACCACUUCCUUUAUGGGUGCUUGAUGAGAUACAAAAGGAUCCGGAUUUAGCGUUUUCUGAUAGAUUUGGAAGAAGAAAUACCGAAUACAUUUCCCUCGGUUGUGAUAUUCUUCCUGUGCUGCGUGGGCGUUCUCCCAUUCAAGCAUAUGCAGAUUUUAUGAGGGACUUCAGGGACACUUUUAGGCCUUUUCUUGGCACUAUCAUUACAGGAGUGCAGAUUGGCAUGGGUCCUGGUGGUGAACUAAGAUAUCCUUCAUUGUCUUUACAAAAGCUAAAUUUGGCUUGGUCUCGCGAACUUGGAGAGUUUCAGUGUUAUGAUAAGUAUAUGCUUGCUUCUCUAAACGCCUCUGCAAGAAAUAUUGGAAAGCGUGAAUGGGGAAAUGGUGGUCCAUCUGGUGCUGGAAGUUUGAUCCAAAAUCCUGAGCGUACUGAAUUCUUUAGAAACGAGGGCGGCUCUUGGAACAUGCCGUAUGGUAAGUUUUUCCUCGAAUGGUACUCAGAUAUGCUACUACUGCACGGAGAGAGAAUUUGUAGGGAAGCUGAAACUAUAUUUAGGGGCACAGAAGUCCACAUAUCAGCAAAAUUGGCUGCCAUUCACUGGCACUAUGUCACACAAUCCCAUCCAUCGGAGGUAACAGCAGGCUAUUAUAAUACUUUUAACAGGGACGGAUACUUACCAAUUUUACGCAUGUUUAGUAAAUACGGAUUCUCGAUGUGCUGCUCUUGUUUUGAAAUGCAAGAUAUAGUUAUGAAGAAGAUCAACCCAGACUGUAGCCCCGAAGGCUUUCUUAGACAACUUUUGCUGGAUGCCAGGCUCUGUGACAUAUCACUUGAAGGCCAAAAUUUUUCAACCAAUUUGGAUGAUGAUGGAUUCACUCAGGUGCUAAAGAUGUCUAAAUAUUACUCAGAUGGUAUCGAGAGACGCCCCUUCUCAUUCAACUUUGUAAGAAUGGAUAAAAAUAUGUUUGAACCCCGAAAUUGGGAUCGGUUUGCUCGAUUUGUGAGACGAAUGUCUGAUGGAAACAUGUUUCGAGCCCGAUUAAAUUCUGUAGGAAACCUACGGUUGAAAACUACAGUGGCUGCACAAGUUGGAUUGUUAUACCAGCUUUACCAGUACUCUUGA